AUGGGUUCUUCUUUUCCUCCUCAAAACAUAACCAACAUUAAUGGGUUUCAACAAGAACAGACAACAGUACCAACAUCAGGCUCACCAGUGAUACAAGAACUCACAUUAGAACAAUUUUCCCAAACAAAACUACCUGCGGUUGGAGUUGAGUAUAAUAAAACUUCAUCAAAACCAAUAUAUGAAGGUGCCAAUGGUAUUAUAUUUAAAGGGAGUGAUGCAUCACAUUCAAAAGUUGUUGUAUUGAAACGAGUCAAACAAAAAAUUGAUCAACCAUUGCAUGAUUAUAUUAAGCAAGUGUUACGAGAAUUCAAUAUUAUGAAAAUAUGCAAUCACAAAAAUAUUAUUCCCAUAAUUGAUGUGGCCACAAUAUCUGAUACUAAAGAACUUGCAUUAAUUCUUCCAUAUUAUCCUAAAGGUGAUUUAUUAGAUUAUUUAUCACGAUUACGACGAUUUAAAAUUGAAUUAUCGGUGAGUUUAAAAGAUUCAAUUUUUAAACAAAUUCUUAAAGGAGUCAAUUAUCUUCAUAAUAAAGGAAUUGUUCAUCGUGAUUUAAAACCUGAAAAUUUUUUAAUUGAUUCUGAUGGAAUAUUAAAAAUAUCUGAUUUUGGUUAUAGUUUAAAUAUUAAAAAUCAUUUUUGUCAUGAAUAUUUUAAAUUAAAUCCUCAUGAAUUAUAUUGUGGUACUAAUAGUUUUAAAGCUCCAGAAUUGUUUAUCAUUGAACAUGAAAUAAAAUCAAAUCGAUUUGAUUAUGAUGGGUAUUUAGAAAACAAUAAUAAUAAUAAUAAUAACAAUAAUAAAAAUAGUAAUUCAUCAUACUUUGAUAAAUGUAAAUAUUUGGAUUAUUGGUCAUUAGGAAUAAUUUAUUUUGUAAUUUUCUUAAUGAAAAGUCCUUGGAUAACUGCAAAUUAUUUGGAUUCAAAAAAUUUACCUUAUGUCAAUUAUUAUAAACAUUAUCCAAAUUCAUCAUCAAAAUUAAAAGAAAUAUUGAUUGAAUUAAAUAAAAAAAAUCCUUCAUCAUCUUCAUCGUUUAGUAGUAGCAGUAAUAAUAAUAAUAAUAAUAGUAAUAAUAAUAGCAAUAAUAAUAGCAAUAGCAAUAAUAACAAUCCAGCAUUAAAUUUAUUUAAAAGUUUACAUUAUGAUUCUCGUGAAUCAAUAUUAGGAUUAUUGAAUCCACAACCAGAAAAACGAUUAACUCCUAAUGAUUUGUUGAAUACUAAUUGGUUAACUCAUGUUUAUGCUGAUCCUAAAGAAUUAAUAAAAUUGUUAAAAUAA